AUGUCGGAAGAACAGUAUACUAGUUUGAUAACUCAGCUAGAAGAACAAAUCAAAUUAUGUUCUACGAUCGCAGCAUAUUACCUUAGAUCUGGAAACAAAAAUCAAGCGAUUGCUUUUCUUCGCUAUAAAAAAUCUUUCUCCGCUGAUUUAACUUCUUUGAAAUCCUACCAGAAGCAUAACAAAGAUAUUCCACCUUUCCAUUAUCGAGACGUCACAUAUAAUAUUGAAAAUUCUUUUUUGGAAUUAUCGACCAAUGAUAUGGAAGUUUGUAUUGAAAGGGCAUGGAAUUUGGGAAACAAAGAGGUUAAUGGAAAAGAUGUUGAGGCUUAUGUAAAUUGGGAUAUUGGGUGGCCAACCGAAGGUAGUUCGGGUGCUGGCAGUGGAAAAGGUGACACAUCUGUUGCCAAGAGGAGUAUGGAUCCAGAACGAACAAAAUCAUUUCAACGAUUUAUCAGUAGAAAAAAGGCUACCUUUGAAGUAUUUCAUUAUAGAGGAUUUUUGCGAAGAGCUAUUUCUUUAGGAAAAGCUCAAUUAAAAUUAGAUUCUCUGGCUGGAAAAGCUGAAAUUCACGAAGUUCUUGAUCUUGUGGACAAUAAUCGUAAACCAACAGGUGGCAAAUUGGAAGUUCGGUUACCAAAUACUCAAGUUUCGGCACCAUCACCUGAAGUAGCAUCCGUUAAAUCCAGCUCCGUUACACCGCAAUCAGAUCCACUAGGAGUAAAUACUCAAGUUUCGGCACUAUCACCUGAAGUAGCAUCCGUUAAAUCCAGCUCCGUUACAUCGCAAUCAGAUCCACUAGGAUUACCGACGGCGUCUGAUCCUUCUACACAAAAAAAAGGAUUACCAACAGCAUUGGAUCCUUCUACACCAAUAAAAGGAUUACCAACAGCGUCGGAUCCUUCUACACCAAUAAAACAGCAAACACCUGCCAAGUCUAGUACUCCAAGUGUUAAGAAGACUUCAAACACGAUAGCUAACACGCCAACUCAAGUUCAUAACAAACUACCAUCACAGGUAUCAACACCUGUGUCAAAACCUAAUCCAUCUGUGAUUAACGGUAAAGACACGCAAUCAUCAUCACAAUCAUCAACUAUUGAAGAAAACGAGCUGGAACUCGUAGAAGAUCAAUUAAAUAAUGUUGAUUUAAUUGUGUCUAGUGGCUUGCUCCAAGAAGAAAUUAAUAUUGUAAAUUCACAAAUAUCGGCAUUGGAAGCACGAGGAAAACCUAUUCCCGGUGAUUUGUCUGAUCGAAAGUCUGCACUUGAAAUUAAAAUGAGUUUGAUGGAAAUUCAAGUGCAAACAGGCCAAUUAACGAUUGAUAAAUAUUUGGAACAAGUAAAAGAUAGUAUUACUAGUUUCAAAACAUUGGCUUUAACAUUUAAGAAAGCUGGUAAAAUUGAAGAUGCAAAGAAAGCACUUGUAAAAUGUAAAGUAAUGGAAAAUGAAGUAAAACAAAUGGAAGAGGCUAUGGCUGGUGGAGGAACGGACGAUAAUUUAUAA